AUGGCGUCGUACUCAGCCACCGAGGGCGCGACGCGCCGGCGCGCGAAAGCAGAGAACAAGAGCCAAGUCCAGAAUCAGGCUAAUGGACAUACCCGACACCAUUCCGGCGAUGUUAAGCGCCGCGAGUCGCGGUCAUGGAUAAGACGAUUCAAGUAUCGCGCUGUCAAGCACACGUGGUUGGUACCUCUUAUCCUUAUCUUGGCUUUCCUCUCGCUAUACGCCCUGAACCCAACACCGAAUAAUGUUAUUCACCGAUUUAUCUUCCUGUCCUACGAGCAGCCUCCACUGGAGGAGGGUGGACCAAUUCAAUAUGGAAAGGGAUUAUGGGAUAUCGCCUUCGUCUUUUUCUACACAAUCGUGCUAUCAUUCACUCGCGAGUUCAUCAUGCAGGAACUUCUAGCUCCAUUGGCGAAGCUUUGCGGGAUUCGAUCUGCGAGAAAACAGGCGCGAUUCAUGGAGCAGAUGUAUUCGGCUAUCUAUUUUGGGUCUACGGGUGUUGCGGGACUAUACGUUAUGUCUAAGACGCCGGUUUGGUAUUUCCGGACUGCGGGGAUGUAUGAGGGUUUCCCGCAUCGCACGCAUGAGGCUGCGUUUAAGUUUUAUUACCUCUUUGAGGCGGCUUAUUGGGCUCAGCAGGCUAUUGUAAUGUUGCUGGGACUUGAAGAGAGGAGGAAGGAUUUUAAAGAGCUUGUUGCUCAUCAUAUUGUUACUUUGGCGCUGAUUGGUUUGAGUUAUCGGUUCCAUUUUACUUAUAUUGGGGUUGCUAUUUAUACGACUCACGAUAUUAGUGACUUCUUCCUUGCGGUCUCCAAAUCCUUCCACUACACCGGAUCUGAUCUGAUCAUCCCUUUUUACACUCUCAAUGUCUUUGCAUGGAUCUAUCUGAGACACUACUUAAACUUGCGCGUUCUUUACUCCUUGCUCACGGAGUUCCGGACUAUCGGUCCCUACGAACUCAACUGGGAGACUCAGCAGUAUAAAUGCUGGAUCUCGAACAUCAUCACCUUUGCCUUGUUGGCAAUGCUUCAGAGUCUCAAUCUGUUCUGGUUGUACUGUCUAGGACGUAGCUCGUGGAAGUUUCUUUCCACGGGUGAGAAGAAAGAUGAUCGUUCGGAUGACUCGGAGCCGGAAGAGGAUGCUCAGGUCCAACAAAAUGGAUCUGCCAAGCACUGA